UUCCCGUUCCUCUUCCCAGCUCGGGGUCGGCUGCCACCCCCGGCCCCAGCCACCCCCGGUGUCCUCACAGCCUCCCAUACCGCUGCCACCCCUGUGCCCCCUCGGCCGCCCCUCACACCGGGUCCCCUCACACCGCCGUCCCGCCCCGCCACCGCCUCCCGGCCGCGGCGGCUGCGCCGUGAGGGGGCGGCCCCGGGCGGCCCGUCCCCGCUCCGCCAUGCUGCCCAACACAGGGAAACUAGCAGGAUGCACUCUCUUCAUCACGGGCGCAAGCCGAGGCAUUGGCAAAGCCAUUGCCUUGAAAGCUGCCAGGGAUGGUGCAAACAUUGUGGUGGCUGCCAAGACAGCAGAGCCCCAUCCUAAACUUCCAGGGACUAUCUACACUGCUGCAGCAGAGAUUGAAGCGGCUGGAGGAAAGGCUUUGCCAUGCAUCGUUAACGUGAGGGAAGAACAGCAAAUUAUUAAUGCUGUGGAGAAAGCUGUGAAGACUUUUGGAGGGAUUGAUAUUUUGGUGAACAAUGCAAGCGCCAUCUCUUUGACUGGCACUUUGGAAACAGAGACAAAGAAGGUCAAUCUCAUGAUGGAUGUCAACGUACGAGGAACCUACCUCACGUCCAAAACAUGCCUUCCAUACUUGCGGAAGAGUAAGAACCCCCAUAUCCUGAACCUCAGCCCACCUAUGAAUAUGAAUCCCAUGUGGUUCAAAAAUCAUUGUGCUUAUACCAUUUCUAAAUACGGAAUGUCCAUGUGCGUCUUGGGAAUGGCAGAAGAAUUUAGAGGAGAAGUUGCUGUCAAUGCUUUAUGGCCUAAAACAGCUAUACACACGGCUGCUAUGGAUAUGUUGGGAGGAUCUGGAAUAGAGAAACAGUGCAGAAAAACGGACAUCCUUGCAGAUGCUGCAUAUUGCAUUUUAACAAAACCGAAAAGUUUCACCGGAAACUUCAUUAUUGAUGAAGUUCUGCUGAGAGAAGAAGGAGUUAAGGAUUUUGAUGUCUAUGCAAUUGCACCAGGUCACCCCCUGAUGCCUGACUUCUUCUUGGAUGCUGAAAUUGACAUGACAGCCAUGAAACCAGAAAGCCAUGGUGCUUCCCAGGCAUUCAAGGAGGAAAAGAAAUCAAGUGGAUCCAAGCGUGAAGGCCCAGAUGGAGCUAAGGGUCAUACAGAAUCUGCUUCGAGUCCUGUUGCAGAAACAUUCAGAGUUAUUCAGGGAGCCAUCAGUAAAGAAUUUGUGAGAUCUACGCAGGGUGUCUUCCAGUUUGAAUUAUCUGGUGAUGACGGAGGCACUUGGUACAUCGACCUGAAAACCAAUGACGGGAGCGCUGGCUUUGGAAAGCCUCCUGUGACGGCCGACGUAGUUAUGAGCAUGUCGAGUGGCGACUUUGUGAAAAUGUUCACAGGUAAACUAAAGCCAACCAUGGCCUUCAUGUCAGGAAAGUUAAAGAUCAAAGGUAACAUGGCACUAGCAAUAAAGCUGGAGAAGAUGCUGACACAGUUUAACUCUAAACUUUGAGGGGAAAGCCUUCCUAACAGAACAUUGGCCUUUUGUGUAUAAUGAUAAUGCUGUUUUUAAAUGCUAGUCCUUUCUGAUGAAAUAUAAUGCGUAAGAAUAAAAUGUGAGACUGUUAGAGGAGAAAUAACUGAGUCUGAUUAAGACUAGAAGGCGUUUGUCUUGAUUAAACGAAUUCCUUCUUGAGAACACA